AUGCUCUCGGGUACAAAUCUAACCAUAGCUCGACUGACAGCUAAAAUUGAUAAACUCUCAAUCUUGGGAGUUCGCUCCUUCGAUAACACGCGCAGCGAGACCAUACAAUUUCACGCCCCUCUUACCUUGAUCGUCGGAUACAAUGGAUCUGGAAAAACGACCAUUAUCGAGUGUCUUAAAUAUGCGACGACGGGUGAUCUGCCUCCGAACAGCAAAGGCGGUGCCUUUAUCCACGAUCCCAAGCUAUGCGGUGAGAAGGAGGUGCUUGCUCAGGUGAAGCUUUCUUUCAUGGGCACAUCCGGCGCGAAGAUGGUGGCCACGCGCAGCCUCCAGCUUACGGUCAAGAAGACUACGAGACAACAAAAGACACUGGAGGGAAAUUUGAUGAUGAUCAAGAAUGGAGAGCGCACGUCCAUAUCUUCGCGAGUAGCUGAGCUCGACCAGAUCAUGCCGCAGUACUUGGGCGUUUCCAAAGCUGUCCUGGACUCCGUCAUCUUUUGUCACCAGGAUGAGAGUCUCUGGCCAAUGAGUGAGCCAUCUGUGCUCAAGAAAAAGUUCGACGAGAUCUUCGAAGCCUUAAAGUACACAAAGGCUAUUGAUAAUAUCAAGGCCCUGCGAAAGAAACAAAACGAAGAACUUGGCAAGUACAAGAUCAUGGAGCAGCACGCCAAAGAAGACAAGGAUAAGGCCGAUCGGGCAGAGAAGCGGUCCGUCAGGUUGCAAGAUGAGAUCGAGGCAUUGCGAGAGGAAACCCAGCAAAUGUCGAAAGAGAUGCGGCGAGUAGCAGAUCUGGCCGACAAAGCCUGGAAAGAAUCAGAGAGCUAUGCGCAAGUCCUGGGUGCCUUGGAGGGCAAGCGUAUCGAAGCUAAAAGCAUUCAGACGACUAUCGACAACCUGAAAAGGCACCUGGUUGAGCUUGAUGAUUCGGACGAAUGGCUCGAGUCCACCCUGGAACAAUUCGAAAUGAAACAAGUCGAGUACCAGCAACAGGAAGAGACCCAAAAGGAGACAUACAUGCAGUUGAAGGAACAAAUCGAACAAACUCGUCACAGGCUGGGUUUGAAACAAGCCGAAAACGGAAAAUACGAGAACGACAAGGCCAACUUCGAGCGACAGGUUCAGAGACGGCAAAAUAUGAUCAGCGAGAUUGCCCGCGGAAACAACAUUCGCGGACUCGACGACAAUAUGGAUCAAUCGGCCGUCGAUGCCUUCAUGCAGAAAAUCCGGCGCUUUUUGCGAGAGCACAACCAGACACUCGACCGAGUGAAGCGCGAGGCCCAGAGGGAGCUUCGUGAAGUUCAAGAAACCCUGAAUGAAAUCGGGCAGCGAAAGUCCGCCCUUCAAGAGACCAAGAACGCCUCCAAGAGACAGAUUGCAGCCAACGAGAAGGAAUCAGCAAGUUACCAAGCGAAACUCAAUGAAAUCGAGAUCGAUGAAGGUGUUCAAGCUUCCCUGGAAGCUAAGAUUGAAGAUAUUACCUCAAAUCUUGAGCACACCAAAGAACGAGCUAAAAACGCUGCCUGGGACCAAGAAAUUCGGAAUAUCAAUUCGCAGAUCCAAGACCUCGAGGACGAGAACUCGAAAUUGAAUGCUGAAUUGAUCGAAUCCACAAAGAAAGCGGGUGACCUUGCUCGCUUGGAUCAUCUCAAAAAGGAAGUCAAGGAAAAAGAGCGCAGCUUGCAGACAAUGAAGGGGGCUCAUGGAGACCGCCUCGCUAAAGUUCUUGGCCCCGACUGGCAACCUCAGACAUUGGAGCGUGAUUUCCAACAGGCUGUCGAUCAAGAAUCAAAGCAUGUCACUGAUGCUGAGCGAGAUCGUGAUGGCGUUAGCCGAGAGCUGGAACAAGCUCAAUUCAAGCUCGCCAACGCGAAAAAGACUUUGAAACAGCGAAAGAAGGAGCUCGAUGUUUGCGCGAAGGAAAUCCAGGAGGCAGUGGAUGCAGAGCCUUCCGAGUACCCUGAAAUUGUCAAGGAGCGACAGGCGCAGUACGAAAUGGCUCGUAAAGACGCCGAUCAAUACGCGGGCAUGGGCGAAUAUCUCACGAAGUGUCUCAGUGCAGCAAAAACGAACAAGGUUUGCCGUACAUGCACUCGGCCCUUCAAGAAUGAGACGGAACUCCAGAACUUCACCAAAAAGCUGGAAGCUUUGGUGAAAAAGGCUACUAUGGACGCUGAAGAUGAAAUAUUGAAUAGUCUUGAAAAAGACCUCGACGCUGCCCGUGAGACUAGUGCGGCCUACGAUACAUGGGUUCGCCUUUCAGAGACCGAUAUUCCAGCGUUGGAAAAAGAAGAGCAAGAAUACGACUUGCAAGGAGACCAACUUCUGGAAAAGCUUGAGUCUCAUGACCGCAUAGUCAGUGAGAAGUCGGAGAGCAAACGAGAUGUUGAAGCUCUUUCCAAGACCGUGAGCACAAUUACAAGAUACGAUGCUGAUAUCAAGAGUAUCGCCUCUCAAAUUCAGGAGCUUUCUGCCAAUGAACAGAACAUUUCUGCUACCCGUACCUUGCAAGACAUUCAGGAUGAGAUUUCUGCAACCAGUGAAAAGUCUCGAGAGCUGAAGAAGACUCUGACAAAGCUCACGAACGAGAGAGAUCAGAGUCGAACCCAGAUCAAUAAUUUGGAACUUCAGCUUAGAGACGUGAGAGACGGUCUCAACAACGCCAAAUUCCAGCUUGAGAAGAAGGCUGAUUUGCUUGUCCGGAUCGAGGACUUCAAGAAACUCAAUUCUCAACAGCGCGAAGCAAUCGAGAAGGCCGACCAAGAUAUCGAAAGCCUGACGCCCGAAUUACUUCAGGCUCAAGCCCGCUACGAUGAUAUCAGCCAGCGGUCUGAAGACCGGGAACGAGAUUUGCAGCAUGAGAUCAAUCGCCUCUCCGAAAACAUUCAUCAACUCGAUCUUGCGAACGAAGACAUAAACUCGUUCAACGAACGGGGAGGUCCAAGCCAACUCGAGCGGAGCAAACAAGAGCUGUCCCUAAUCGAGGAGGAAAUCAGCAAGCUCGAGACCGAGCAGGGCGAGAUUACGAGAGAGAUCAACAAGAUUUCCACCCAGCUUAAGGAUAGCGAGAAUACGAAGCGACAGUACUCCGACAACCUGCAAUACAGGCAAGCUACACGGUCACUCGAUACAGUCCUGGCAGAAGUCGUUCAACUGGAAGAGCAAAACGCCGAAGUCGACCGCAGCCGUUUCAAACAGGAGUCUGAGCGCUGGACCCGGGAACACAAUGCCAUUGCUGCCAAGCAAGCCAGCAAAAUGGGUGAAAUGAAGUCCAAGGAUGAUCAACUCAUGCAGCUCCUGGCGGAUUGGAACACAGACUACAAGGAUGCAGCCUCAAAGUACAAGGAAGCACACAUCAAGGUGGAGACCACCAAAGCGGCGGUGGAGGACCUCGCUCGCUACGGAGGUGCCCUUGACAAAGCCAUCAUGAGCUACCACGGUUUGAAGAUGGAAGAGAUUAACUCCAUCAUCGGCGAGCUCUGGCAGAAGACCUACCGUGGAACGGAUGUCGACAUGAUUCUGAUCCGAUCCGACAACGAGAAUGCCAAGGGCAAUCGAUCAUACAACUACCGAGUGUGCAUGGUCAAGCAAGGCGCAGAAAUGGACAUGCGAGGCCGCUGCAGUGCCGGUCAGAAGGUUCUGGCUAGUAUCAUCAUUCGACUCGCUUUAGCCGAGUGCUUCGGCGUGAACUGUGGGCUUAUCGCGCUUGAUGAGCCGACCACUAACCUGGACCGCGACAAUAUCCGUUCUCUUGCAGAGUCGCUGCAUGACAUUAUUCGGACUCGUCAGCAGCAGUCCAACUUCCAGUUGAUUGUUAUUACCCACGAUGAAGAGUUCCUACGCCAUAUGCAAUGCGGAGACUUUAGUGAUUAUUACUAUCGCGUCUCACGGAACGAGAGACAGAAGUCGAUUAUCGAGAGACAGUCUAUCGCUGAAGUCAUGUAA